GAACGAGUAUGAAAAAUGGAAGCGGACAUCCAAGACAGUUAACAGCAAUUUAUGGAACUAGACUUAAUGAGUUAGAUACAAUCAGAAGAACCCUAAAGUCAAAGACAACAAGCAGUCUAGCUACAAGAAACAUUAUUGCAAAUACUUAUGGACUAAAAGCUAGUACAAUAGCAGGCACAAGCAAUUUGAACAAAGAAACAAAAAUCACAGAGACAAAUACAAAUAACAUGGAGUUAUUACCAGUGGAAGAGAAUUUAUUAUUAAAUCAAGAUAAAACAGAUGAUAAUGAAUCAGUAAACUCAGAAGAUAGUUUUUUAAGUGAACAUGAGGAAUGGAGGAAAAAAAUUAAUUUACAAAAGUAUAAAGAAGAUAUGGAAAAGGCAUGUAAAAUCGAAAUUGAAGGAAUACAAUUAAAUGAUAGGUCAACUUUAACAAGAGCAGCAAUAAAUCAAAAUAAAAAAAUAAAUAAUGAAAAAGGAAUUAAUAUGAGUACAAGAGGAUUGUGGUUAUCUGCAAUAGUACAAUUUAAGAAAGAAGAUAUAGCUGAAAAUCUAUUAAUGGAAUGGUUCCAAAUUAUUGAGAAAAAAUUAUGCAGAGUAACAUCACCCACAUCACAAGAAUUAUAUAAUAUAAUAAGUCUUUUUAGUACCAAAACAUGCUAUUUUUCACGAAAUUUAUAUGGGAAAAAGAAAAGAAUGAUCAUAGUAUCUUUUAAGAGUCAAGAAGGAAAAGACCAAGUUAUAAAUUUUGAAUGGAUUGCAGGAGAAUAUAGAAUUAAAAUAGUGGAUACAAUUUUGAAAACGUGUCACAGAUGUCACGUAAAAGAUCAUUUUGUGAACAGUUGUCCUGUGGCAAAAAAACAAAGGGAAAUUAGUGAAAGAAAAGCAAGAAAUUUUGAAAAAUAUAGACAAUUAUAUAAAAGACAAAGGUCACAAUUAUAUAAAUCACUGAUGGGAGGAAUUAACAUGGGAACAAGUUACUUAGAUGCUGAACAGGUGAAAGAUAUAGAUGAAAGAUUGGAAUUAGUGGAAAUUCAUUCUCUGUUAGAAGAAAAUAAAACAACUUUAGCACGAUUAAAUGAAGUGGAAAAGUAUAUUGAAAAAAAUAAUGAACAAGGAGAAGAUAAAACCCUAAUUUAA